AUGCGCGUGAAGUUGCCAUUUUUAAUCAACAAGCACGAAAAGGUAGAACAUCUGAAGAAGCCAAAAGAACGCGAGAACGAUGUUGGAGUAUUGAAAAUCUUGAGGGAUAACAUCAGGAAAUAUAAGCCUAACGAGUUCCAGAUGGGAUACGAAGAUGGAUUUUCGUUGUUUUCAGCAGUUAUCACUGGACAUACAGAAUGCAUUGAGGUGAAUUUUUGUAGUCUAUUAUUAUAUUUUGUGCUUGUCAAUUUCUAUAAGUUGGCUUUUGUUUUGCAAGUUUUUUUUUGAAAUUUGUAAGUGUGAUAGCAACUUAAUUUAGAUUUUUCCUGUUGUCAAAGUUAUAAAAACAACUUAUACCUGCAUUAAGGUCUUUUUGCUUUCAGAAACAUAUUAAGAGAAACCCACAGUGCCUCAACAAGAAGAACGACAAAGGAUGGACUCCUUUGAUGUAUUCUCUAGCUCAAGGAUGUUCCGAUGGUACCUCGAUUCUUUUGAAAGCUGGGGCUGAUCUAACUACCUUAAACAACGAUCGGAUGACCGCAUUGGGAUUGGGGGCAUCCUAUGGUCACAGGUCUACUGUAAGUUCUUGUUUUUACAGCUUUUUUUAUAUUUUGAUGCUUUUCUUUAUUCCUUUGUUGAUAUUCAAGUUGGUAAUAUGGUUCACAACUUGAGUAAUUUUCUUUUUCUUACGUAAACUUAUAUAAUUGAUGCUUUUGUACUUUAUUUAUCCUUUUUUCAGUUGCGGAACUUCUUGAAGCACUGCAGGGAGCUGAAAGGGGCAGUGGGAGUUAUGAAGAUGGCAAACACACGCGAUGGCAAUGGUCGUAUCCCACUUCAUUACGCGGCGGAGAAUCGGCAAUGGGAAGCAUGUGAAGUCUUGUUGCACUACGGAAGCAAUCCCAACGUGAGGGACAAUGCAGGUGAUACACCGAUGCUCUUGGCGUGUGCAUCUCAGAACUCACCGACUAUUCGUGCCAUUUUCACAAAAGGAGGAGAUCCGCAUAUUGCAAACAACUUAGGGAAGACUGGCUACAGUGUGUUGCACGAGAAGAGGAAGUAUCUUGUGGAGGAGGGAGCGAAGACGAAGGGCCGCAAGGUCUGA